AUGCUCCUGCCGGGACCCGCGCGCCCACCGCGCGCGCCCCAGCCGGCGCAGCAUCCCGGCCUCCGCAGGCAGGUAGAGCCACCGGGGCAGCUGCUGCGCGUCUUCUACUGCGCUGUCCUGGUCUGCUCUCGGGAGAUCGCGGCGCUCUCGGACUUCUCCGGCUACCUGACCAAGCUCCUGCAGAACCACACCGCCUACGCCUGCGACGGGGACCGCCUGGACCUGCAGUGCCCGCGGCACUCCACCAUCAGCGUCCAGUCGGCGUUUUACGGGCCCGGCCACCGCGCGUGCAGCGCCCAGCAGCCCGCCCCCCGGGGGGAAGACCGCUCGGCCUGCGUGGCUCCCACCGCCUUGCAGAAGGUGCUGGACGAGUGCCAGAACCAGCGGGCCUGCCACCUCCUGGUCAAUAGCCGAGUUUUUGGACCUGACCUUUGCCCAGGAAGCAGUAAAUACCUCCUGGUCUCCUUUAAAUGCCAACCUAAUGAGCUGAAAAACAAAACCGUGUGUGAGGACCAAGAGCUGAAACUACACUGCCACGAAUCCAAGUUUCUCAACAUCUACUCCGCCACCUACGGCCGCGGGGCCCAGGACGGCGACGAGUGCACCUCGGAGGCACAGCGGCUGCCCCCCUUUGACUGCGUGUCCUACGCGGCGGCGCACGUGCUGUCCCAGAGGUGCUACGGGAGGCAGAGGUGCGAGGUCCUGGUCAACAGCCGCCACUUCGGGAGCCCCUGCCCGCCGGGAGCGCGGCAGCGCCUCGCCGUCACCUACGCCUGCGUUCCCAAGAACAUACUCAGAGCGAUCGACCCGGCCGUCGCCGACCCGAAACCGUCUUCGAAGCGGGAGCACGGCGACCACGGUGUGAACGUUGACCCCAGCGAGUCGAGAGUCCCGAAGAAAGACGCGGUCAUCGUCAGCAGCUCUCUGGCCGCCUUCGCUUACAUCAGAGCCCACCCUGAGAGAGCCGCCCUGCUGUUCGUGUCCAGCGUCUGUGUCGGCCUGGCCCUCGCACUGUGCGCCCUGGUCCUCAGGGUGCCGUGCGCCAAGGACUGGCGGGAGCUGCAGCUGGCGCGGGAGCGCCUGGUGCCCCGCAGCGGCGAGGCCGGGGAGGACAGCGAGGACGCGGACCAGGAGGAGGACUCCUCCAGCUCGGACUUCCCGGGGGAGCUGUCGGGCUUUGGCAGGACUCCGCACCCGCCGUACACGUCCAUCGAGGCGGCGGAGCUCGCCGAGAGGAUCGAGCGUCGGGAGCAGAUCCUGCAGGAGAUCUGGAUGAACAGCGGUUUGGACGUGUCGCUGCCAAGGAACGUGGGGGCCUUCUGCUGAGCGCCGACGCGCCUGGUGCCGGCGGGCCUGGUGCCCCGGCUCCGCCUCACCUGUACCUUCCGUGAAGGAGCCUUUGUCCUCAUCUACCCCCGGUGCAGCCAGAAAGCUGGGACGGGGCGUUUCACUGUGUUCACAGCGAUUUCAGGCCAAGCGAGGCAGGAGGACGUCGCCGUCGCCUGCGUUUGCUCCAGCCGGGCCUGCACACUUUCACACUCACAGUUCACACUCCUCGGGCGCCGUCGUUACCGGCCGCAUGAUUUGGGCCCCUUCCUCCCCACACAGCCUCUGCAGACGCUGCCAGCAUCCUCAUUUGACAGACGUGCAGGCGGGACGUCCCCGCGUCCGGCGAAGCCACGGCUGCCCAGGGCGCAGGUGCGCUCCCCCACCGCUGCGCCGCUUCAGCAGAGCGGGGCGGCCAGUGCUGCUUCGAUGGCGUGAGGACACGGGUUGCAGGCGUUCUGCUUCGGCCGGGACCGCUCCACUCCGCCCGGGGCUCAAAGGCGGCCCCAGCUCCUCGAGA